AUGCCCCGGGAGUUUGAUCAGGAUGCCGUGGUUAGUGGACCACGAAGCCUGCAUGGGCCGUUGAGAAUUCCGGCAUACACCGCGGCGGAUCGGAGUGCGCACCGAACCCCGCUAGACGGGAGUUUUCCUCCUUGGGUGACCGGUGAGCGCACCGGGCAUUGGUUAAACAUUUUCAAACUAGUUGAGAUGCUGAUCCUCCCUGCCUCGUCCUCUAUUAGCUAUGGUGUCCCUAUAGAUUUCUCGGCAUAUCUAACGGAGUUCCAGGACCCGGAUUUUCCACAUGUGGUGUUCGUGAAACGCAUCUUGAUUUUGACUAUCGAAAUUGGGUCCUCAGUGGACCCUAUUCUCUUGAGAUUCUUAGCAAUGGUCUUUAACAAAAGCAUGGAGCACAGAGCCACGGUGAAUACGACAAGAGAAAGGAUCUCCAUUGCUAAGUUCUUCAACCCUAAGCUGGACUCAGAAAUUGGCCGAAUCCAAUCUCUGACGACUACAGAAAGUCCAGCGAUGUUCAGAAGGAUAAAGUUGGAGAAAUAUGUCAAAGACUACUUUGCCCAGAAGCUUAAUGGAAAGUCAUAUUUAGAGACGAUGAAGCUUCAACCGGAGAAGGCUGUUGCACUUCAAGGGGAGUGA